CUUCAUUCCAGGCUUGCUUUUACAGAAGAAUAGAAGGGAGGACCUACAUUUGGGUGUGCCCAGAAGCAGAAUAUUUCUCUGAGUAAUUUUCUACUGUGUCUCCAGGAGCAUUAAUGUGACCCAUCAGAAAACAGCCUGAAGCUAUGAUGAAUCGGAGGAGGGAGUGCCACUCUUAUCUAUACUCCUUGGAAAAUGAGGGAGCUUUUUAUUCAACGGACCUGCUUGCUUUUCAUCCUGGUGGUCAUCUCUGUUCACUGUGGACGUACUACGAAUGUUUGUAAAAUCACAAAUACGAUGGCAGACUGCAGUCACUUAAAGUUGAGUCAGAUCCCCUCAGAUCUCCCAGCCAAUAUAACAGCUUUGGACAUUUCUCACAACCAGCUGAAAACACUGCCGCCUGAAAACCUUACUAGGUAUAGUCAACUGGCGUACUUGGAUGCAGGAUUCAACUCCAUCUCAAAGCUGCAGCCACAGCUGUGUCAGAGUCUGCCGUUUUUAACCGUUUUCAAGCUGGAACACAAUCAGUUGCAUGCAUUUCGUGACCAAGCUUUUACUUACUGCACAAAUCUGAAGGAACUUAAUUUGGGAUUCAACAUACUGGAACUGACAAAUGAGCCUUUCAAAGAUCUGGUGAACUUGACCUUCCUGGAUGUCUCUCAUAAUCAUCUAAGUUCUGCAAAACUAGGAUCUCUCCCACAGUUAGAGAAUCUUCAGGAACUUGUGCUGUCUCAGAACAAAAUCACUGAAUUAAAGAACAAAGACUUCUAUUUUCUUGGGAACUCUUCAUUGAGGAGACUGGACUUGUCAUUAAACCCCUUAAAGGAGUUUGAUCCAGACUGCUUCCACGCUAUUGGAAAUCUGCAUGGUCUUGUCCUGAACAAUGUGCCAUUGGGACCUGAUGGCACAGAGAAACUUUGCUCAGCAUUAUCCAGCACAAGAAUUCAGAAUCUGUCAAUGAGCCAUGUGCAACUUUCACAAAUUUCCAAGUCAACCUUCAGAGGAAUGAAUCAAACAAAUCUCACCAUUUUAGAUCUAUCUGAUAACAGCUUGUCAGUGAUAGAAAAUUACUCGCUUGCCAAUUUUGCAAAAUUAAAGAAUUUAAAUCUGAUGAAUAAUAAUAUUACUUACCUGUUUCCUUAUUCACUCUAUGGACUACACAGUGUGAAUUAUCUAAAUUUGGAAAAUUCACAUAUUAAAAAAAUUGAUUCUGCUUUCCAGUGGCUAAAACAGUUAGAGAAUCUUAUUAUGGAUGGUAAUAAAUUUCUGGAAAUUACUCCUAAUACAUUUAAAGGUUUAGAAAAUUUGAAAAACUUGAGUUUAGGGCAGUGCGAUAUGACUUCAAUGACAAACAGAACUUUUUCAUCACUUGCUAAUUCUACAUUGCAGUUUCUCAACCUAACAAAAACUGGAAUCACUUCCAUCAAGCCCAGGACCUUUUCUUGGCUGAGACAGCUAAAAACCCUGGAUUUAUGUUUCAAUAACAUCAAGCAAAAGCUCACAGGGCAGGAGUUUCAAGGUCUUCGUAAUAUUGAGACACUCUAUCUAUCUUACAACUAUCAGCUGAACUUGACAAGUGAAUCAUUCACUUCUGUCCCAAGCCUUAGAAAGCUGAGGUUGAGAAGGGUGGGUUGCAAAAACCUUAAUAUUUCUCCCUCACCUUUCCGUAAAUUAAACAAUUUAACAAUCCUGGAUAUCAGUAACAAUAAUAUCGCAAACAUGAGAGAUGAUUUAUUUGAUGGACUCCAGCAGCUUGAAAUCCUUGAUCUACAGCAUAAUAAUCUGGCUCGACUUUGGAAGCAGGGUAAUCCAGGUGGCCCUGUACUCUUCUUGAAAGGCCUUCAGAGCCUGCAUCUCCUUGAUUUGGAAUCUAAUGGCUUUGAUGAGAUCCCAUUAAAUGCUUUCCGUGGCUUAUCUCAACUGAGAAGCUUGAAUUUGAGAUACAAUAAUUUGAAUUUGCUUCCAAAGUUUGUCUUUGAUGAUUUAACAUCUCUGAACGCACUGUACCUUGAGAAGAAUCUAAUCACAGCUGUUGAAGAAAAAGUAUUUGGUAAAGUUUUCAAAAAUUUGAAAGUACUAAAUAUGGGAUACAAUCCUUUUGAUUGCACUUGUGAAAGUAUAUCUUGGUUUGUUAAUUGGCUGAAUACCAGCAAAACUCACAUCUUGGGUUUGAAUACUUAUAUAUGUAACACCCCUUCUAAAUAUCAUAAAAAUACGGUAGCACAGUUUGAUACCUCACCAUGUGAUAGUGCCCCCUUUAAGCUGGUCUUCAUUUUAAGUGCUACUUCGGUAUUGCUCCUAAUCUUUCUGAUCCUACUCAUCCACCAUGAAGGAUGGAGGAUACAAUUUAUAUGGAGUGUGGCAGUAAGCAGAGUCCUUGGCAAUAGAGAGAUAGACAGAGUACAGAAACAGUAUGAUUAUGAUGCCUACAUCAUUCAUGCCAAAAAGGACACGAACUGGGUGUGCAAGAACUUUAUCUCUCUUGAAAACAACACUCAGCAAGUAAUUCGGUUUUGCUUAGAGCAACGGGAUUUUGAAGCUGGAAUAUCUGAAAUUGAAGCCAUUGUUGACAGCAUAAAGCGGAGCAGAAAGAUUAUAUUUGUUGUAACUGACCAUCUCUUAAAAGAUCCUUGGUGUAAAAGGUUUAAAGUACAUCAUGCCAUACAGCAAGCCAUCGAACAAAGUCGGGAUUCCAUCAUUUUAAUUUUUCGGCAUGACAUUCCUGAUUACAAAUUGAAUAAUGCACUUCAUUUGCGAAGAGGAAUGUUCAGGUCUCGCUGCAUCUUGGAGUGGCCAGUCCAGCAGGACCGUCUGAAUGCAUUUUACCAGAAAUUAAAAUUAGCACUUCGGUCUAGUAGUAGAAUACUAUGAACAUUUCAGAUGUUUUGGAUAUUUGAUUCAGUGGCCAAUAUGCUACCCAUCAAGUGCUUGAAAGCCACUUGUAUCAGGGCUAUCUGUAACGCAAAAGAUUAAAUGAGCACCAAUCAGAACAUCCGUAAGCCUGUCAGUGAACAUUUUGACCCUAAGGAGGUACCAUUGAGGACCUUAGAAUGGCAGUUCUAAAGAAACUGAAUUCAGUCAUAGCUUGGAAUGUGCAUUUGCAGAACAAGAAAGGAUGAUUGGCAUCACUUUUGUUAAUGAGGGGUUCAGAGGGAACUAUGGUUUCUGUGCGCGAUAAAAAGACUCGGAAUGAGCUAAUGGCCCAUAGAUGGCAUCUAGGAGGAGCCUUGGGGUUUUGAUUCUCAGGUCUCCAAUCCUGACCUCAAAGUCUGUGCUUGGAUCCUUCCCCCCUGCUGGAGCUGGUGUGCAAAGAACAGUGCGAUUUGCUUGGAGAAGGGGUAAAGGGAAUGGAGAGGAGAGGAGAUGGGAGUUGUGCUUCUUGCCUCCGCAUCUAAAGUGCCAAAACUAGAAACAGGCCAUCUAACUAGAUUGGUGUAACAGGCCUGAACUCCCAAAAGCUGGGCCUGGCUCUCUAGCCCUUUUAGCUGCUUGCUUGGCUUGGCAUUGAGGUCUAGUUGCUUCCAAUAGUACAGCAGAGCUUUACUUAGCAUUGCUCUGACCAUGACAGGCUGCUUUCACCAAACUAGGGAGUUUUCCUUUCCAAGGUUGAGGUGGCACAAGGAGCAUGCAUGCUGCCCUUGAAUGUUCCUUAUCAGGCAUUGCUUCUGCAAGCAGAACGCUCAGACAGAGAUGAAACAUUGGCCAUCCAGACAGGAAUACUACUUGUUUGCUCACUAUACUGGAUAAUCUUUUAGCACCUGUGCAAACAAUAGUACUCUUGCAAUCAUAUAUUUUAAUUAUGUAGAUUGCUGUACACAUGUGUUACAGUGCCAUAAGUUUGUAAUCUAUAAAAGCUAGGCACUUUCUCUGUUCUCUGGUUCAGAGUCUUUUUGAGGGGGAUUUUCCUGUUUUUUCUGAACCCAGCUGAUUGAUGUCCUACCAUGCAGGAGCCCUGACUAUGUGGUGUAAGAGACUUGCUGCUAAAAGUUUGUGAAGUCUAGCUAGCAUGUUUGGGUAUUAUUUCAAUAAUAAAUGAUCUCUUUCUU